AUGAAAAUCCUAAUUAUCGGCUCGGGUGGACGGGAGCACGCUUUGGCCGAACGAUUGGCAAAAUCUGAUUUGGUUACCAAGAUAUACCUUGCACCUGGUAACGGAGGUACGGAUGGGAACCCCAAAUGCGAAAACUUGGAGGGGCACAAAUCAUACCCAGAACUCAUUGAUUUUGCGGCCAAGAACGAAAUAGAUUUAGUAGUCCCAGGACCGGAACAAGAACUGGUCCAUGGAAUAGAAGGCGACUUCCGAAAGAUUGGGGUGCCAUGUUUCGGCCCGAGUAAAUUAGCAGCAAAGAUGGAAGGAUCCAAGGCGUUCUCAAAAGAUUUCAUGUCCAAGCACAGCAUCCCCACGGCGCGCUACGCCAACUUUUCUGAUUUCGCGCUAGCCAAAAACCAUAUCCUUUCAAUCGACUACAAGGUGGUCAUCAAAGCUAGCGGACUUGCAGCGGGAAAAGGUGUCCUCAUCCCAGAAACCCAGCAAGAAGCUUUGGAAGCCCUAGAAGCCGUCAUGGUGAAGAAGAUAUUUGGCGACUCGGGCGACGAGGUUGUGAUUGAGGAAUAUCUGGAAGGCGAAGAAAUUAGUGUGCUGGCUCUCAGCGACGGUUACACUGUUGUACUACUCCCCGGAGCUCAAGACCAUAAACGUAUCGGAGAAGGCGACACGGGACCAAACACCGGCGGGAUGGGGGCAUAUGCGCCCAUACCUACAGGAUCCUCGGAACGUAUGAAAACUGCCUUGAAGUCUAUAAUUCAGAAAACUAUCGACGGGAUGCGGAAAGAUGCCAUGCCCUUUGUUGGGUGUCUAUUCACUGGCUUCAUGAUUACUGAGCAAGGCCCAAAAGUCCUCGAGUAUAACGUCCGGUUCGGAGAUCCGGAAACGCAGACCGUCAUGAGUUUGUUGUCCGACGAUACCGAUUUGGCUGAAGUAUUUAUGGCCUGUUGUGAUCGCCGACUCGAUUCGGUCAAAAUCGACUUCAAAGCUUCGUACUCGGUUACUGUUGUUAUUGCCUCGCCAGGUUACCCCAACUCAUAUCCCAAAGGCUUGGAAAUCACCAUCGACCAUGCUGCUUUACCUACCAAUUCGUUUGUAUACCACGCUGGAACUGCGAAGAAAUCGGGUCAACUUCGUACCACAGGCGGGAGGGUACUCGCGGUCAAUGGGACGGGGGAGACUCUGGAGAUGGCAGCGCAAACGGCCUAUCGAGCGGUCAGUUGUGUGAAAUUUGAGGGAAUGACGUACCGCAAAGACAUUGCCCACAGGGCCCUGAAGCCGAAAACUACUAGUUCGUCGCAACCGGAACAGAAGAAUGGCUUAACCUACCUCGACUCCGGCGUUUCAAUCGACUCUGGUAACGAGCUCGUUGCACGGAUCAAACCGCUGGUUAAGGCCACCGCCCGCUUGGGAUGCGAUUCUGUUAUUGGCGGUUUUGGUGGACUUUUCGACUUGAAAAGCGUCGGCUACCAGGAUCCUAUCAUCGUCAGUGGUACCGAUGGCGUCGGCACGAAGCUCAUUGUUGCGCAAAAAGCUGGGAAACAUGACACAGUUGGAAUCGAUUUGGUCGCAAUGAGUGUCAACGACUUGUUGGUCCAGGGAGCAGAACCCCUCUUUUUCCUCGACUAUUUUGCGUGCAAUCAUCUCAAGGUCGACGUGGCAGUAGACGUCGUCAAGGGAAUAACGGAUGGAUGUAAACAAUCUAACUGUGCUUUGAUCGGCGGCGAAACGGCUGAAAUGCCUGGACUGUAUCGUGAAGACGACUAUGAUUUGGCUGGCUUUGCCGUGGGGGUGGUAGAGCGAUCCCUCAUUUUACCUCGGCUGGAGGAGAUUCAAGUCGGGGAUGUCCUGAUCGGUCUGACAUCCAGCGGCUUUCAUUCCAAUGGGUUUUCCCUGGUUCGCAAGGUCGUUGAAAGGUCAGGCUUGGGCUACGAAUCCCCGUGUCCUUGGCAGCCCGAUCAAAGCCUUGGAGUUGCUCUUCUAGAACCCACACGGCUAUAUACUCAGCAGCUCCUACCGAUUCUCAAAUCUCAAGACCGUUUGAUCAAAGGACUCAGCCACAUUACGGGCGGCGGAUUCCUAGAAAACGUCCCCCGGGUCUUGCCGGCAGGACUCGGAUGUGAAAUCGACGCCGGGUCCUACCCGCUUCCGGCGCCGUUCAAAUGGGCCAUGGACCAAUGCAACAUAGCUCCACUCGAGAUGUGCCGCACAUUUAACUGCGGAAUCGGGAUGGUUCUCAUCGUCUCGAAAGAGUCUGUCUCCAAAGUCACCUCUCUCUUGGAAUCUCAUGACCCCAAACGCCUGAUUGGGGUCCAUCAAAUUGGGAAAGUCACUAACCAGCCGGGUGUCGAAAUGAAAAGAUUAGAAUCCUGGCAGUGA